AUGACGAGUACCACGGAAAAUGCAGGCCAAAGCCAGCGAUAUUGCGAUACAAUCAAGUCAAACGUCUAUUCUCUAAGGGCCACAACGUCUGCAAACGUUUCUGAAAAACUGUUCACGUCAUCCAGCCAGUUUUUUUCACGGAGCGACGGCAACGUUUCUUCGACAGCCGACCCAUAUAUUUCACGUUCCCCCAUAACUGACAACGUUUCUACCACUCGUGAUCCAUUCGAUCCUCUCAGCGGCGACAAUGACACUGCAUCUACGACCGCUGACCCGUUUGUUCCCCGCAGCGGCUAUGACUUUCCGGUGUUUGGCAUGCAGGACGGAACAUUUGUCUACCUUCAUAGCCUGGCUAUCGGCUCCCUGUCCACCAGCCUCAUCUGCGCCAUCAUCACAAUCGUUCUCUCUUUCCGGAACAACAACUACCUCACUUUCUUCAGCAAGUGGUCUCGUAGCGAGCGAUACGUCGUCUACAUGGCGAUCUGCGACGGCAUUUUCAAUAUCUCGCACACUAUUGAGCACGUGCAUGGCCUCGUGGUGUUCGGACACGCGCGCCCUAAGGAGCUGUGCGCCUUCUACGGCUUCAUGGUCACGGUAUUUAUCGGGGCCCAGAACCUGCUCGUGAACGUCAUCGCCAUUAGCGUGUUUUUCAUCAUCUAUUUCGACAAGAACAUCAACUUCGGAAAGAAAGACUGGAAGCUGCUUCUCUAUUGCUUUGGAGUACCUUUUGUUGGAGCUGUAGCAGCAGCGGCCGGCGAUCAGUUUGGACCAAUAGAAUUAUUUUGCGCAUUCGACCAGGUGAAAGGUAGAAUGAGCAAUUUUCUCUUCAAUACAAUCCCGAUUAUCGUAAUCACAGGCGUCAACUGCAUCGUCUAUCUGUUGACAUGGAAACGUAUCCGGGAUCAUACACGCGAGGUUAAGCAAGCACUGGGCAUUGAAAACUCUCGCAUGAGGACGUCCACCAGAGCAGUCAGAAACAUGUCCAUGUUCGUGGCCGCUUUCUUCGCGCAGUGGUCAGGUGUGGCGGUGCACGCUGUAUGGGGGCUGGUCACUCUGCACAUUCACAAGGUCCUCUAUUUCCUGAUCGUCUUCUUUGCCAACAUCGGCGGCCUCUUGAACCUCAUUGUGUUUCUCAUCAUCCGCAAGUCGCAUCCAGCCAAGAAGAGCCCGUAA